AUGGCGCUUGGGAACGAUGAUAUUGGUCAGAUUCAUGAAGAUGAACAUACUGGCAAGAACAUAGACAUAUUAAUUUUAUCAUUAAUUUCGUCGCUACCAGUGUAGGCUUGUAAUGCUGUAUUUUCUUUGGCUUGGUCUGCUUAUUUGUUUGUCAACGAAAUCGAUUCAGGAAUCGAUUUGAUUUUUGAAUAAUGUUAGUGGCUCGGUUUUAGCUUUUCGACGACAAGCAGCCUCGUCGAUAAAAAAUACGUUUGACAUAUCUACUCGGUCACUGAUCUGUGUCGGGGACAGCGACUAAAUGAUUUUAAUUUUCGAUAUCGAUACAAGAUCAAGAAUCAAGUAAACAAUUAUUGAGUUGAGUUCUUCCAGUAGAAGACUUCUAGUACUAGACCGCACAAAAGCAUUGUUUCACACUCUCGCUGGGGUCGAUUACGAAUCGGGUACGCUUUCUCGGAAGAAUCUUGAAGUUAAUAUUUAUAUGACGGAUUCUAAUUUCCGUCACCGUCUUGGUCUAUGGCGUUGAUUACUACCGUCUGGAAAGAAGUAAUUCCAUGAAGAACGGACCAAAACGUUAAGC